GAACAAGGAGGUUUUUUGAUGCCUUGCGCCUUUCCAAUGAUCAAAAUCAUGAUGUUUUGCUGCCGUCUCUCAUUGGAAAGGCGCAAGAAGACGUCGUUGACGUUGCCAUGAUUGACGAGGAAGACAGUCGUCCUGGUUUAUUCUCUGACGAGGAAGACGUCGAAGCUGGUGUCGUACAACCGACACAAUCUCAAUCGCAAAAAUCCUCGCAUACUCCCAAUUAUACUAAAAAGAAAGCUGAAACAGAACGUAAUGAAACCUUAUCGUGGUCUAGUCGAGCGCGCAAAGUCAUGAACAAAACAUCCCUGCUAAAGGGUCAGCGGUAUCCACUUUACUUGUUCCCUUAUCUCGCCUCGCACUUGGCACAGGCCACUUUGAUCAUGAAAACGGUACCAACCCGAUAGUGAUAUAGUUCUUUUGGGAAUACUUGAUUUAAUAGCAGCUUCACAACUACGCUGUAGCUACGUGGUCUCAGUUAAAGUUAUACCACAGUUUUGGAUUUUUAUUUGGAGGUCGAAGUUUUGGCUUUUUAUUGGCAGUUUCGACCUGGUAUUUUAGCACGAAGAAGAAAAGCACCAGAGGUGGUUAAGAAGAAGGUUAGGUCUUAGCACGUCACAGGAAGUGGUCGUCUGCAUCUUGAACUUGGUCGCGCGCUGGAAAAAGAUUUAGAGUUUUCCCAUCAACAAGAGAAACACGAGUGUCAGUGAAAGGUAGAAGUCCAGCUUCCUUUUGUGUAGUACUUACUCAAAGUCAACAACAUGUCUCAAGAACCUCUCCUUGACCGUGAACAACUCGGUGUUGAUCCUCGACAUCGAGAAGGCGCCGGAUUACGCGUUCCAGGGAAGAAAAGCGAAAACGCAAACGCCACAAGUGUGGUUGCAGGACCACCUGAACCUGCGCGGCCGCCAUCUCCUGAAAUAACACCACCUCCAGGCAACCACGAGGAACGCAGACGCGAUGGCAAUCUGAUGCUUGCAGUGUUGCUGGCUGCAUUCAUCCUAGCCUUCGGCACAGCCUGUCUCUGCGUGGCGACGUUUUUCAAAUUGGGCAUUCAAAGAGGCAGUUACGCACCAGUGGACACGGACGUCUAUCGGGAAAUACAGGUGAAUGAAACGAGGUAUGAAGAACGAAGUGGCAUUGUAGACGUUGACGUUGCGGUCAGUGAUCUUCAUCUUGAUGUUGACGCCUUGUUCUACUUCUUGUUGACGUGGGUGACUCACAGUCAUGAUAGUCACACUAGCACCUACGUGAACAUUUUUGAUUACAUGAAUCAUUCGUAUUCGUAUCUAUGAAUCAAAAAUAGAGUAAAAGUGAAGAUCACAGUGGCUGAAAAGUUUUACCUUUUACCCCCCGCCACGACAUUUCUUCAUAUCCUCGCACUCUUGUUGAUGCGUCCUCGUACAUUUGGGACUUGUGUUGGAGAUCCUAUAGACAAGACACCACUCCGUUGGGAUUGCGAUGCUAUCCUGGCUGGCGGAAUUUGCUGCUUCAAUCGCUACCUCGCAGAGCCUAGUGACUACUGGCAGAGAAACGAGGAGUUUCAAAAGGACAUUGCUCGGAGACGUCAGGAGGAGAUCAUGAAGAGCGUUAUUAGUGACGACGACGACGACGUACGAAAAGAAAAAUACCAGGAAAAAGCGAAAGGUGAGCAGGAUGUUGCCGCGGAUGCGCAUAGGGAGCAGUUCAAAGUUGUAAACAGAAAGUCUGAAGAUGGAGUUGUUGUAUAUGAUCAACUUACAACAUGGCUCGAGCAAGUUCAAGAACAACAGAAAAACGCAGCUGCCGACCCGAUCACAUUCUACGACACAAUUACGAGCAAGCCGUUAUUUCGUGCACCUGUAGAACGGUCUUGGGAUGCUUGGAUCGCGGAGUGUGAGAAAUAUGGAUGGCCAAGCUUUCGGGAUGAAGAAGUGGUGUUUGUAGAAGACGAAGAGGAAAGUCAGGCCAAGACUGCCUCCGCCUCACCAGAUGCAGAUCAUGAAAAGAUCAUACGGGGAACAAAAAGUUUCGUACGCGUCUUACCCGACGGGGAAACAGUAAGUGUUGAUGGGACCCAUCUAGGCCAUAACCUUCCGGAUGCGGAUGGUAAUCGCUAUUGCAUUAAUCUUGUGAGCAUUGCGGGCAGGGCAUAAGAAAUGAAUGCAGGGGAUAAGAAAUGAAUUUGAUAAAUGGACAUCUGAGUCCUACGCAAUACAUAGUACUUUUAUUGAAUGGGACGACAAUUCUAUUUCUACUACUUGUCUUACGAAAG